AUGGAGGAGAUUUCGUGGCAUCAAAAGUCUCUGGCUUUGUGGUUAAAAGAUGGUGAUCGGAAUACAAAAUUCUUUCAUAGACUGGCCAAUGCUCACAGAAGGUGUAAUCAUAUCGGACGUAUUCGGGUUAAUGGUUCUGAUUUGUGGAGAGAAGAAGAUGUGCGCGGAGGAAUUGCUUCUUUUUAUCAGCAGCUUUACACUGAAACUUUGGAUCGAAGACCUACUCUUGAUGGUCUUCCAUUUAAUACUAUUUCUGCGUUGGAUAGGGAUAGUAUUGAGAUUCCAUUCACGGAAGAGAAAGUGCUUAGUUGCAACGGGGACAAAGCACUAGGGCCAGACGGAUUUACUAUGCGCUUUUUUAAGGAGAGUUGGGAGGUGGUGCGAGAGGAGGUGAUGAGCACUUUUCAGGAUUUUUAUUCUCAUGGCACAUUUGAAAAAUCUUUGAAUGCAACUUUUAUUGCUCUCAUCCCUAAGGGCGGUGCAUCUGAUAUCAAGGAUUUUCGACCAAUUAGCUUAAUCGGAUGUAUGUAUAAGCUUAUUGCCAAGGUUCUUGUCUCCAGGAUGAGUAAAGUGUUGGAUGGUCUUAUCUCAGAAUCGCAGAACGCUUUUGUUAGUGGAAGGCAGAUUUUGGAUUCUGUUCUUAUUGCUCGGGAAUGUGUUGACUCUAGAUUAAGAAGUGGGGUUCCUGGCGUUUUAUGUAAGCUUGAUAUCGAGAAAGCUUAUGAUCAUGUUAAUUGGAAGUUUGUUUUGUAUCUUCUUCGGAGGAUGGGAUUUGGUGAUAGAUGGAUAAAAUGGAUUGACACUUGUAUCUCAUCAGCUAUGUUUUCUGUUCUUGUGAAUGGCUCUCCUGCGGGUUUUUUUGCUAGCUCACGUGGUCUGCGACAAGGUGAUCCAUUAUCUUCUUUUCUUUUUCUCAUCGUUAUGGAAGGUCUGACUAGAUUAAUGAGAAAAGUGGAAGAUUUGGGUUACAUUAGGGGGUUCAGAGUUGGCAGAGAUGUUGAUUAUCAGAUCCAGAUUUCCCAUCUUUUAUUUGCUGAUGAUACUUUGAUUAAUGUCGGAAAGAGUGUGCUUGUUCCAGUGGGGGAUGUUCCAGAUAUUUCCUCCUUAGCUACUGUUUUAGGGUGCGGAGUUGGUUAUUUUCCUCUUCCUUAUUUAGGAUUGCCUUUGGGAGUUUCUUCUACUCUGAUUGGGAAUUGGGAUUCAGUGAUUAAUAGAUAUGAGAAAAGAUUAGCAGGAUGGAAAAAGCAGUAUCUAUCUAAGGGUGGGAAAAGGGAUUUUCUGUGGGGUGGAAGGGGAGAGGAGUUUAAGUAUCAUCUUGUUAAUUGGGAUCAAGUUUGCCAACCAUUGAGAUUCGGAGGGUUAGGCAUUCGAAAAAUUGUUCCUUUUAAUCGUGCUCUCUUAGGAAGGUGGUUAUGGCGAUUUGGAAGGGAACGACAUCGUCAAUGGAGAAGAGUUGUCUUGUGUCGUUUUGGUGAGGGGAGUGGGGGUUGGUCAUCUCUUCCAGUCACUAUUAUGGGAGGCGUUGGUUUGUGGAAAUUUAUUCGGAAGGGAUGGGAUGUCUGCUCUACUCUUAUUAGAUUCAAAGUUCGUAAUGGCAGGCAUGUUCGUUUUUGGGAGGAUCUUUGGUGUGGUGACCGGUUGCUUUCACACUCAUUUCCUAGGCUUUAUAGCAUUGCAACUAAUAAGCAUGUUUUCGUGAUUGAUUGUUAUCAUCUUGAUAACAAUGGAGUUACGUGGGAUAUGCGGUUUAGGUGGUCUUUUCAGGACUGGGAAAUGGAGGAAGUCUCUUCUUUUUUGGAUAUUUUGUAUAGGCAGAAGGAUAUUGGCAGAGGGUGUGAUGAUAUUUUGUGGGUUCCUUUGGCUCAUGGUCGGUAUGAUGUCCGCUCUAUGUUUAUUCAUUUAUCCAAUUUCGUUGGUUCCGAGUUUCCUUGGAAGUCCGUGUGGUGCUCUAAAGCCCCUCUUCGAAUCGCGUUCUUCGUUUGGACAGCUACAUUGGGGAAGAUUUUGACUUUGGACAAUUUGAGAAAGAGAGGGGCUACUCGUCAUGUUCGCUCAGAAAAGAGGAUGUUCAUUACCUAUGAAGUUAUAGAUCAUGGAGAACAACUCUACAUGGGGAACUCUCUUCUACUGCAAAGGUUGAAAGGACAAGGAAAGAUUAAGCUGCUAAUGACCUCGGGGAAAGAGCUCACUCUGAAUAAUGUGCUACUUGUACCACAUGAAGAACUUGGUCUCUGGAUCUCUUCUAAGCAAGAAUGGGUUCAAGUUGCUGGAGAAGAAGCUGAACGGCUUCAUAAUUUCUUAGAAGAUAUUCCAAAUUGGCCUAAACUUCGAAAUCUUGGAAAUCUUGGAAACAAAUUUGUAUCGCCAGAUCCACUAUGGAAUCUGAAUUUAUUGCUUUGGAUAAAGCUGGAGAAGAAGCUGAACGGCUUCAUAAUUUCUUAG